AUGAAUGCAAGCUCGAGUCCGCCAGUGCGCGUGCGGCCGGUGUCGGCGCACCUGGUGGCGCGGCUGGGCGGCGCGGCGCGGCUCACCUGUCCCGUGGCCGGCUCGCCGCCGCCGCUGCUCGAGUGGCGCAAGGACGGCGCCCAGGUGCUGCCCGGCUGGCGCCGCUUCAGCCGGCAGGGCAACACGCUGCACGUGGCCCGACUGACGGCCGACGACGCCGGCGUCUACGUGUGCGUGGCCGUCAACGGGUUCGGCACCGAGCGCGUCACCACCGAGCUGUUCGUCAUCGACCCGGAGACGAGCGGCGCGCCGGCGCUGUCCGGCGGCGGCGAGGGGCCGGCCGAUAACCUGCUGACGUCCGUCCACGGGCCGCCGGUGAUCAGCGCCUCGCCCGACCACCCGGACCGGAGGGUGCGCGCGCCGCUCGGCUCGCGGCUCCAGCUGGGCUGCGCCGCCGACGGCCACCCGCCGCCCCAGCUCAAAUGGUACAAGGCGGGUCGGCCGGUGCUGCCCAGCACUCGCCUCUACGUACAGGAGGACGGCCAGCUGGUGUUUUCCCAGCUGGUCCGCUCCGACGAAGCCGUCUUCAUCUGCGUGGCCUCAAACAUAUUCGGCUCGGCCAACCACAGCUUCAGCCUGCAGGUCUCCGAGCCGGUGUCUGCCGACCCGCUGUUUCUGGAGGUGCCGGCCAACUCCACGGUGGCCGAGGGUGACACCGCCGUGCUCAGGUGCCGCGUGCAGAGCGUCUCCAAGGCGCACCUCAAGUGGGUUCGGCGACUGUCGGCCGGCGCCGCUCCCACCUUCAACCACACGCAGACGGUGACCAUCAAGGGGCGCCGGUACGCGGUCCUCUCCGGGGCGUCCAGCUCGCAGCAGGGCGACCGGUUCUCCAGCGAGCUGCGGCUGCCGGCCGUGUCCGUCGAACAGCAGGGCGUCUACGUCUGUCUGGCCGCCAACGGACACGGCUACCUGGGCCGGGAGGCGCUCCUCCAGGUGAUCUCAGCUCCGCCCAGCUCGGCGCCGGCGCUGCUGCUGGCGCUGCCGGCGGUCGCCGUGGUGGCGCUGGUUCUCGCCGCUGCCUGCUGCCUGCACCGGCGCCGACAGCGGACGGUGCGCGCCGCGCUGCUGCCGCCGGCCGCACGGCCUGGCGCCGACGGCGCCAGCGUGUCGCACAAGCACGAGCCGGCGCCGAUACUCGACUACCGGCAGCUCCGACAUCUGGACGUCGUGUGA